AUGUUUUUUUUGCAGCCCUAGCUUGUGCGUAAUAAACACAAGAAUUUCGCCGGAUCAGUUUUAUUUACUAUAUUUUUUUUGUUGCAUUUUGUGGCCUUUGAAAAGCUCGUGCAAUAUAAUGGCCGCAAUGCUGAAAGGGCUUCCCCGCCUGCUACCCGCACGUUGCCUUAGCUCGACAGCUGGAGGAGCAGCCACGGGCGCAGCGACAACGCCACUACGCCCACGUCCAAAUACCCUCACCGACGAGAUCAUACGCGUCGAUCAUGCCGGCGAAUUAGGCGCUGAUCGUAUUUAUGCCGGCCAAAUGGCCAUUCUAGGCAACGGACCAAUGGGCAAGACAAUCGGUCACAUGUGGGAGCAGGAGAAGGAGCACCGCCGGCAGUUCGAGCAGCUCAUUCAGCAGCAUCGCGUCCGUCCAACCAUAAUGACGCCGCUGUGGAACGUGGCCGGGUUCAUGCUGGGCGCCGGAACCGCUCUGAUGGGAGAGAAGGCGGCUAUGGCCUGUACGGUGGCCGUAGAGACUGUGAUUGUGGAGCACUAUAACGACCAGCUGCGCCAGAUUAUGGACUCACCCAACCCGGAUAAGGAGCUGCUACAGACAAUCACCAAAUUCCGGGACGAGGAGCAGGAGCACCACGACACCGGCAUCGAUUGCGGGGCCGAGCAGGCGCCCUUUUACCAGGCCAUGACCGAGGUGAUUAAAUUUGGUUGCAAGACGGCCAUAGCCAUCUCGAAGAAGAUUUAAGCGGCCGCGAGCUAAGGAGUACUCCUUCUUGUAUAUACCAAAAUAAGGAACACUCGUUCCAUUCUGUUCUGUGGUCUCUUCGCCGUGGUGUUAAGCAUUAAAAAUAUUUUGUAGGACAAAUCCGAAAUGAAAUGUUGCGUAAAUUUAUAUAUAUUAUCAAA